ACCGCGAAUUCACUUUGUUUACAUUUUAGAGUAAAGUAAAGAAUGUUUAUUCAAAGCUAGUUUAUUAAUGAAAACCUUAUUAGAAAGUGUUAAAAUUGCAGUCUAAGAACACCAAGAGUGAGACGCAGACGAUCCCGACGGUAAAACUGGACUCUGAAGAAGGAGAGGGGAAUACUUAGAGCCUAUAAGGGUAGGCCUAAAACUCACAGGCGCUGCUCAUAAGAAGAGUCAAGAGGUCGAAGGUCAGAUCCAGGAGAGAUGGCUUGUAUAGGAAGAACACUAGAGGAUGUGAAGAAGCUGAUCCAUCAUGCCAAGUUGACUGAAGACGAGUUGCUUCCGGUGACCCAGAUGUUGGAGUUUACGGAGGACUUCGGGCUGGACAGUAGUGAAACGGUUCUCAUGGAGGUAGAUCAAACACUGCUCGAGACUAUCAAGAAAGAUGACAAAUUUGUGUUGCGAGGUGACCCAGACGAUGGAGCAGUCCUGUGCACCAAAGAUAAAACUUACGAAGUGCGACUGGCAGAAACGUCAAAUUCUAUGGUAUUAGUACCCGAGUUGUCUUUGCCUGAGGAAGAGGAAGCUGGGGAGCGAGUCCUACAUAGCCGUCAGGUGUGUGGCAUCCACUAUACCUACUUGGAAUUAAGACAGUGCAAACCCCGUAUUCACAAACUGCGUACAUUGCUGGGAGAGGCGCCUUUCUCCGGAGUGCAGAGUCACGCUCAGGAAUGUGAAGGCCAGAGGUACACCCUGAGUGAUCUCUUGGAUCGAGUGCAGUGUAGUGAGGAGGAGCUGGACAAGGCCUUGCAGGAGCUGGAAGCUUAUCAUUUAUAUGGAUUUUGGCAGACUUUGGAAUUCGACUAUCAAUUCAAAGUGGUCUCACACAUCCUCAACCUCAUAGACUCCAAGUCAUGGCCGUUAGAUGGAGUUCCUCGGUAUGAAACCUUCAAGGAACUGAGUGAGCUGGAGCCCCGCACUGUCAUAACGCAGUGCUUUGAUUAUUACCUUAAGCCAACUGGCAAGGAAAGAGAUGAUGGUGAUUCAUUAUACUCGCUGCAUGAUGACAAAGUGUGUCGUCUCUGUGCUGAAGUUCUGUUAAAGUCGGCAGAUAAGUAUAACCUCAAUGAGUUCCUCAGCAUUUGGCAACAGAGUGUGCCUGAAGGCCUAACAACAAACGUGAGCCAACUUGAAGGUAUAGCACUAGUGGACCGUUCCUUGUCUGCAGACACCAUCUCCUAUUUCCCAGUCACCAGUCUUCCACAGGGCAUCCAAGAGAGGUUUAACUGUCUAUUUGAAACCAGAGAAAAAUGGACUCUGGACGAAAUUCGACCUUAUGUUGAAGACUUGGCUGGAGGGAAGACCCCUGUAUCUGCCCUUUUAACGAAGUAUGCUCGAGCUUCGACCUUGGAUGGCCUUAAAUAUUAUUCUGGAAAGCAUGCAAGAUAGUGUUAAUUUGUUGGUAUAUUUUCUAUAAUAAAUCAAAGUUCCUUA